AUGAUCGACUCGUCGGAACCGCUGAAGACUUCUACCUUAAUCACUGCGGAAAAACGAGCGAAACAGCUCGAACGCGGGACCUUCCACGCAACCGAAGAUGUCCUGUUCUGUAGCUCAUGCAACGUGCCCGUAGAGGGCAGCCGGAAGCACAGCUGCUCGAAGCAUUUUCAAAGUACUGCUCACAAACGGAAGGUCGAAUGUCCGAAAAGUGUCGAUUCAAAGAAGGUGAAACUGCAGGUCGCUCUGACUGAAUCCUUCGGGCGAGUUUCGGAUGAGCAAUUGGAAAGACAAUCUACCCUCGUGAGCCUGGUCGAGGCGUUCGCCAGUGCGAACAUUCCUCUGCAUACUGUCGAGAAUGCCGUUUUGAGGAGGUUUCCCCAAUGUAACAUCGAGAUGAUCGGCAGCCUCCCGUCGGCCAACAAGCAGAGACAAAAUUAUUUGCCGAAAGCUCACAGAGCCCAUGAGGAGAGUAUACGGAGUUUCUUAGACGGAAGGAAAUCUUUCGCGACCGAUGCUGAGGGUCGGUACAUACUAAACGUGCUCGCAAUACCCUGUUGUAAGGAGGGAGAAGUCACGCUAACAGCGGUCCUUCUGGAAUGCGAGAUCUUAGAAUGUACAAACUUCAAGACUGUUAGUGAAGCCGUACUCUGA